AUGAGCAUCCGUUGUGCGUCCCGCAGUGGAGCAGCGAGUCCGGAGCGUCGUCCCCGACGCGUGGAAAUCAUGGUCGGUGUUCGUGGGUCAGUGGCAUUUCCAACAAUAAGCGAAUUCAGAACUGUGACUAAAGCCGCCGCUCAGCGGCUCGCUCAGGCCAUGGCUUCCCAUGCUGCCGCCGACAACGGCAACGAUGAUGAUGGAGACAAUGACGACGAGUUAGGACUCCGGUUCAAUCCUCCUCUUCCUCUUUCCUUCUCCAGGCCUGUCAAGACUAACGGCGUUAACAAUAACACUAAGAGUAGCAACAGGCCUGUGGUUCCGUCUCCUAAGAUCAGUAGAUCUUCUUCGGAUGCGGUCACUGAAAACUUAUUGGAUGAAGCUCCACCAGCUCGCUCAACACCUACUAGAAGGCUAUCCUUGUGA